UGCUAGCCUAUAUAAACUGGUGGGGCAUUUUCUUUUCUCCACUUUUAGCCCUGCUUUCCUUAAUAGCCAGCAAAGAGGCAGCUGUCCCCGAGGUCAUCCAAAAGGGCUCAAAACCUCACCAUGGAAAACAGCGUCGAUGUCAGGAUAGAAACCAAGGGGGAAAGAAAGCCAAGGAAGCAAAGUCAGUUGAGUAAAGGUGGAAAGAGAGUCUGCAGAGCUGUUGGGUACAUCACAGGAGACAUGAAGGAAUUUGGUGCCUGGCUGAAAGAUAAGCCCAUCAUGAUCCAGUUUAUUGACUGGGUGCUGCGUGGGAUAUCCCAGGUGAUGUUUGUCAAUAAUCCCCUCAGUGGACUGAUUGUAGUCGCUGGUUUCCUGGUGCAGAACCCAUGGUGGACACUCACAGGCUGCUUAGGAACAGUUGUCUCGACUUUAACAGCACUUAUUCUAGGUCAAGACAGAUCAGCCAUAGCAGCAGGCUUGUAUGGCUAUAAUGGGGUCUUGGUGGGACUGCUCAUGGCAGUUUUCUCUGCUAAAGGAGACUACCAUUGGUGGCUUCUACUGCCAGUAGCACUGGUGUCAGUGACAUGCCCUGUUUUCACCAGCGCUUUAGGUUCAGUCUUCUGUAAGUGGGAUCUGCCUGUUUUCACCUUGCCUUUCAACUUGGCCUUGACCCUCUAUCUGGCUGCAUCAGGACCCCAUAACCUCUUCUUCCCUACAACCGUCAUUCAGCCUGCAACAACAACACCAAACAUCACCUGGACAGACGCUGACAUGCCAAUGCUGCUGCAAUCCAUUCCAGUUGGGGUGGGACAGGUUUAUGGCUGUGAUAAUCCCUGGACUGGGGGAAUUUUCCUGCUUGCUUUAUUUAUCUCAUCUCCACUCAUCUGUCUGCAUGCAGCAAUCGGAUCAGCACCCUGGAGGCAGGAGAAAUGGAAGGGUUAUUUUCCCAUUUAA